GUCUGAGAUAGCAGCGACAUCUAACCCUUCAUUUACACGUUUAGGAGAAAAGAAGACCCAGUCGUUUGUCUUAUUUGUCCCACUAUCAUUCACCAGGAGCUGUCAACGCAGUUUCCUAGUAAAGGCAGUUCUGCGUAACCCUCCCAAGUCUCUUGAAGGCAGCCUUUGUUUUUAUUUCUCAUGCACGUGUGCAAUGAGGCCAUUCACAGAAGACAGACGUUUGUAAUGUUAGUGGAGAUUAUGAAGAUUGUCAUUUCGUUCUUUCAUCCAAUUACAAACAAGAACAAAAAAAACAACAACAACAGUAGCUGACCUUUGGAGUGUUCCUUAAGAGAGAUUAACACGAAAUUAUCACUUUCAUUUACCACUUUAUGAAAGUUUUUUUUUUUUCAAAUAACCAAUAAGAAAGGAGCUGCAGGGGUGAAAUGACUAUCAUAUGUGAGCACCACCCUCUUUGAGGUGACAGCAGAGGCUGUAGGUCUGUCUGAAUAUUAAGGAUAUACAGGACAAAAACAAUUUUAAGAUCGGCACAGGCACGAAAUCCACGGACGCUGUGGAAGACUUCUCACAUGUUUUGGUUGAUUGUAAGAGUCAGUCGUCUUUGGAGGAUAAUUAUAGACAUUGACUGGAUGCAGAAAGCCGUUCUCCAAUGACCUGUCACUCAUCCGACUCCACGGAAAGCAUCGAGAAUGAAAGGCGAUCGCAAACCGAAACCCAAGUCGCGGAGUACGAGCAGAGUCGCAUUGCCACUGCCAUGAGAGACCUUAAAAACACCGCAGGCUGGUAUUGGGGCAGCCUUACAGCCAAUGAAGCCAAGGAGAUCCUGCAGGACACGUCGGAGGGCACGUUUUUGGUCCGAGACAGCUCUCAGAGGGACUACCUCUUCACCAUCUCCGCCAUGACAUCCGUGGGACCCACCAAUCUGCGUAUCGAAUACAAGGAUGGCAAGUUCAAGCUAGACUCCGUGCUGCUGGUCAAACCCAAACUCAAGCAGUUCGACAGCGUCGUCCAUCUCGUGGAGCAUUAUGUGCAGCUGUCCCGGACAUCUUGUGAAGGCAGCACUACCCCCAUCGCCCCAUUCAAAGGCACCGUGCAGCUGCUGCUCACGACUCCGGUGUACACGGCCACACCGUCUCUGCAGCAUCUGUGUCGUAUUGCCAUCAAUAAAACCACACGGCGGGUACAAGAACUCCCUUUGCCGAACCGGCUGAAGGAUUACCUGACAGACUACACUUAUAAUGUAUAGAACCAGAUGGACAGUGAUGACCCUAAGUGCUGAGGUUCUAUGGAUUGUAGAUCCAGUUAUAAUAGAGGUGCUGAUGUCCUGUUUAGGAUCUUUUGUCUGGAAUCCCUCAUCUUGUGCCCAAAGACUACUUUAAAAGGAUAGAUCACUGAAAAAAUGUAAAUCUGUCAUUACUUACUCACCCUCAUAACAUUCCAAACAUGUCUGGCUUUCUUUCUUCUGUUGACCACAAGAAAAUAUAUUCCGUUUUUGAUCAUAUAAUGAAAGUAAACGGGGUCCAAAAGAACACUGUACUCCAUUGACUUUCAAUGUAUCAACAAUUUUCAAAACAUAUUCUAUUUUCUGUGUUAAGAUUUGGACGCGACGUGAGGGUGAGUGACAGAAUGACAGAAUUUUAAUCUCAUCAUUAUGGAAAAUAUCAUAAUGUUAAGUGUCCUUCAUUGCGCACUUAACAAGUUUAUGGCCUGUAGAUAUUUUACAGUCAAUUUUUAAUGAGCGAGUGAGCAGUAUCUGUAAGAAGCAUUGGCCUACACGAACUUUGGAGGGUUUCUACCUGUAAUUCACACAUUAGAAAUAUACAGGUGGCCACGCGGUGUGCCCAAUGUCUCUUUUGAAGGAAGAGUUCAGCCAAAAAUGAAUAGUUCAACCUUAUAUCAUUCCAAACUCUUGGAUUUUCUUUAUUAUUAUGUAGAACAUAAACGACGAUAUUUUGAAGAUUGUUGCAGCUGUUUUUGUCUUAAUAUUAAAGUCAAUGGGGUCCAAAACUAUCAAGUUCCAAAAAGAACAUGAAAGUAUACACUUAAAAAUAAAGCUUCCAAAAGGAAU